ACCGCCAUCCAUCCUUAUCCUCUUCAUCACUCCUACUCUCUCUUCUUUCUACUCCUACCUCCAAAUUUCAAACUUCUUCUACUACAUACUACAUCAAAAGCCACUGUUUAUUUUUUCUGCACACGGCUCUUGUUUAUUUAUCUUUCUUUGUUUUGUUCACUGUUGGAUAAGGAGAAUGAAGUUUUCUAUAGUACAAACCAGAAGACUAUUACUACAAGCAAAUACAGAUACUACUACUGCUUUACAUUCAACAAUGAGCUCCUCCGACCCUACUUUCCAACCCAUGAACGACUCUGUAGCUUCAGCAAUGAACCGUCCCUUUAAGCUCACCGCCCCUUUUGACUCAUCUGUGGCGUUAACCAUUCUCGUCUUACUCACUGCUCUUUUUUUCAUGGGUUUUUUCUCUAUCUACAUCCGCCACUUCACCGCCGACGUAACAUCCGAAGACCGCCGCCGGAGAAACCCAUCUACGCCGUCUACCUCCGGUCACAGUUCUUGCCGGAAAGGGGUGGACCCUGCGGUAGUAAAAUCGUUGCCGUUGGUUUCUUAUCAUGGACCCGCGGAGCACCUGAUCGAGGACUGUCCAAUUUGUUUAACUGAGUUCGAAGCGAGUGAACUCGUUAAGCUCCUUCCGUACUGUCGGCACGUGUUUCAUCAGCAAUGUCUUGACACGUGGCUCGCCACGCACGUGUCUUGUCCGCUCUGUAGGUCUACUCAGUUUUUUAAGAAGGCGGAUGAGGUUUGUUUAGAUGUGAAUGAGGUAGAAAAUGGGAACGGUGUGAGUGGCUGAUCGACGGUUCAAGAGUGUGACACGUGUAGGAAUAUUAGGAGAUCGUGUAACUAUUCGAACUUAGGAAAUAGAGUGGCAUUGCACAGAAGUGCAAGUUUCUGAAAAAGAAUUUGUGAAAUUUGUAAAGAUAUUGUAAGUAUACUUUGUGUACAGCACUCAAAUUGACAGAUUAUUGUGAUUUAUUUUAGUACUAGUUACGGA